AUGACGACCAUACCGCUGCUCCCUGAGCAGAUUGUGUAUCUGAUCAUACGAUUCUCCGCCUCGAUACCAGAUCUGUCCCUAUCGAUACCUCUGCCGAGGUUUACACCGACGCUCUCCCUGAAGCAGCUUAUUCGAUCACACCUGCCGCCUGAUCAGGCUUCAGCACGUCUACGCCUUAUUUACGCUGGCAAGGUGCUCACAGACACUGCGCCAUUAUCGACGUCCCUAAGACUACCUCCACCUCCGCCGCCGCCGCCGCGCGACGACACAUACGAUCAACAUGAGCCAGGCAGCAAGAGCAAAGGGAAGCAGCCAGCACGGAACACGCCAGCAGCAGAAUAUGGCGCGACAGCACCCUCUGAAGCGAAGAAGUUCUACAUCCACUGCUCGUUAGGUGACGCGCUCACCCCAGCCGAGUUGGAUAGCGAGGCUACUCUGGCGCAGAACACCGAGACGUCGCUCAAGACACAGUACGAGGCAGCGCAAGGCUCAGCCAGCCAUCGCCGCUCUAGUAGCGGUGCACACAGUAGCAACAACAAUGCCGCCCAACGGCGAGGUUCCUCGACAACAACCCCAGCGCCACAAGGCUUCGACCGCCUCCUCGCCUCAGGCUUCACAGCACAAGAAGUAGCAAGCCUGCGUUCACACUUCCAGACCAACCUCUCCUUUACCCAUACCCCCGACACCAUGCCUUCACCCGCCGAGAUGCGCGUCCUCGAAGACCGAUGGCUGGACAGCACAGCCACAGAUCCAUUGCCAGCCUUGGCUGGCGAAGCGGACGCGGGGUGGGGCGCAGGGUUUGCUGUGGAGGAGGGUGGUCUGGACGACAUGUUGUGGGGUUACAUGACGGGGUUCUUUUGGCCGCUGGGCGCGCUGAUAUGGGGAUUUAGAGAAGACGGAGUCUGGUCGCGGAGGAGGCAGUUGGCUGUGGUCAUGGGGGUGCUGAUCAACGCGAUCUUUGGGUUUAUGAGGUGGAGUGCCUGA